AUGUCCUGCGAUAAUUUCAUAAAAGUAUUACCCACGUUCAUGAUGGGAAAAUAUGCAAUUGAAGAUGUGCCUGAAGCAUUUCGUCUACUUGAUAUUGACCGUUCUGGCACAGUCGAUAUCACUAAAUUACAUGAAUUUAUAUGCGUCAGCCUGCCAAUAGCAAAUCCAUAUGUGCUUCUUCAUCAAAUACAAAAGUUCGAUAAAGAUGGCGACUACAAGCUGAAUUUCAAUGAAUUCAAAGCAUUUAUUGCGGAAGGUUUUGGUCGAGAUGUAUCAUGUGGGAUUAUUUAG